AUGAAGUCCAAAGGCCCAGAUAUAUGCAAACAAGGGCAUCGCGGAGUUCUUUUUCAUAUGCGAGACCACAGCGAUCUGUCUAAAGGCUGCAAGGUUACAGUCGUGCUGAAGAAAAACUGUCUGAAGCUCCUCAGAGGGAAUAAAGAAUACAAAAAGAUAGACUUGGAAGCUAUUGAAACUCCAAUUCACAUCGUGCCAAACGACCAAACUUGCAUCGCAGUCAAGCAUGCUCAAGAGAAGCCCGAUAUACUCUGCUGCGAUAAUACAAGCUGCCGGGAUGAGUGGUGGACCAUGAUCACGAAGCAGAUUCUGUGUCUGCACCAAGGAGCGAUGAGGAAUGAAGUAGCUGGUGAUCCACCAGUAGAGGUUGAGCAAAGAGAAGUCCUGGAAAAGGUCAUUGAGGAGCCCGAAAAGGGGGGAAUAACCAUUCAUAUUGACAAGGGCCAAAUGCCAAAGGAACCAACUCUCGCAAUUCAUCCGCGCUUCCAACGCGGCCUUUCUGCGUCUAUAGCUUUCCAUGGGGAACUUUCUAUUCCAGUGACCGCUACUGCUCCACCGCAUUGCUUCCCGCCAGCGGAUCCUCUAGGGAAAGAGGCACUCCAAGGCACUGCAUGA